CUGUUCUGAGCAGGGGAGGUGACGUCAGGUGUCUCAGUUAUUUCACUUUCAUUUAACAGGAAGAGUCCGCGUUUAAACUAAAGCCUAAAGGUGAAGGAAGAAGAGGACUGUCAAAAUGUCGGCCAGUGACAGGGAAGAGCCCAUGGAAUGUGAGGUGCCUUCAACAUUUGAUGAUAAGCAAACUGAGACCAAAGAUGAAGAAGUCAGUCUCACGGUGUCAGUCAAGUGGUCAGAGGGUAAUCAACCACAGAAAUGCAAGAUUGAACUGGAGAAAGCUCUUCAGUCUUGGGCCAACAAAAACAAACUUGAGAGAGACUUUACAGUUUUAAAGGUCUCAGAAGAUGGGAGAGCUAAGAUAGUGAUUAAACCUGCUCCAGCCUUCGGCGAGCUUCAGCGAUUGACUGGACAAACACUUAACAGAAAAGAUGAAAAAACAGUCACAAUAACAUGUCUUAGUUUGAUGCCACGAGAGCUGGAUCCACAAAAGACAGAGGAUGUUUCAGUGGACCUUCCUCCCACAUCUGUGUCAGAGCCACAACAUAAGCAAGAGGAACCUCUGGACCAAGGUGUCAGCAGUCCAGCACCAAGUUCUAAAGAAGGAGAGAAGACAUGUACUUUUCCAGUCCCAGUGGCCCAUUUCUGGUAUGUGGACCACAUCUACAAGGAGGAAAUUAAACGUAUUGUGGAAAAGUAUGGAGUUAAAAUGUCUACAGAAGUGAGUGUGACAUUUGAAGCAGACCAGAAAGAAGGAAACAUCCAAACUGCUGUGUCUGAGUUUAUUGACCUUGUCCAGAAGUGCAUCGGUGACACUAAUGGCUCAGUUUUUCCUCUCAAGUAUAUACAUCCAGAGGACUUGAAGGACACACUGAACAUCAUCCAAAGAAAAGAGAACAAACUCUUGCUUGCUCUGUCCUCUGAAGAAAUGAUAGUAUGUGGGCCAAGACAAAGUCAAGAUGCAAUCAGUAAGUCCUUAAAUGCAGCACAGAAAACAUUAACGAAUACCUACACUUUGCCUGGAGAGUCUGCAUGGGGGUCUCAAGACACAUCACUGAACAUUGGCAUGAACAUCAACGAUCUUCUUGUUGAUACGGGACUAACCAUGGAGGAGAGCUGCUGGAGGCUGCUGACUACUUCCUACAGUGAGCAACUAGCAAAGAUCAAAGCUAAGUUUGAUGUCUCCUUCAAAAGCUCAGUCGUCAGUCAAAGUGAAGUCAAAGUCAAAGCUUGCUGUACAAGACCUGGGGGAAACGCCUCAAUGGAGAGCCAUGCUGUCCGAGCUCUUCUUCAUCUGUAUCAGAAGACAGCAACAUCGCCCAUGAACUUCUCCCAACACCAUGGUGCCGUGGGGUUCAGUGACCCACCAAAGAACUCAACCAAUGUUUAUCCAUCAGGGGGGUCCUCCAGUGGACCUGCGUUAAACGGAGAAACAGGAUCCACCAUACGCAACGAUAACGCCUCCAUAGGGGAGGGAGCAGCAGCAGGGGAAAACAAAGAUGAUCAGUGUCCUAUAUGCAUGGAUAAAUUUAACAAUAAGAAAAAGCUCAAGUGUCAACACAGUUUUUGUGAGGCAUGCCUGGCAGAGUCAUUGAAAAACAUGGGACACAUCUGUCCAGUAUGCAGAGAUGUAUUUGGUAUAAUAGAGGGAAACCAGCCAGAUGGAAAAAUGUUCUCCGAUUCAGGUGCCUUUUCCCUCCCGGGAUUCCCAGAAUGCGGCACUAUAAUCAUCUCUUAUGAUUUUCCAAGUGGAAUACAGACGGAAAAGCAUCCAAAUCCUGGAAGGCGCUAUUGUGGCAUAAUGAGAACAGCAUAUCUUCCAGGCAACAAAGAGGGCAAUGAAGUACUGCGACUGCUGAAUAAAGCAUUUAAACAGAGGCUCAUUUUCACUGUUGGAACAUCCAGAACCACUGGGAUGGAGGACCAAAUUACUUGGAACGACAUUCACCACAAGACCUCCAUUACAGGAGGACCACAAGGGUUUGGGUAUCCUGACCCUGACUAUCUGAGCAGAGUCAAGGAGGAGCUGAAGGCGAAAGGCAUCAAGUGAACAUUUAGAUACAAAGUGGCUGACAGGGUUUGUUUUCAGCAAGAAAAAAACAAAGAUAAUUAAUAAAAUAUAUCACUAUAAUGCGACGAGCAAGAAAAAAAGGAGAAUUAUUAAAAUGCAUCACCGUAAUGCUGUUGAAUUGUAAGCUGUCUUUUUCUCUUGUAAUUUUUCAUAUUUUUCAUUCAAAUUGAGGUGCACUAAACAGCAUUUAUAGCAUACGGCUUUAUGGUUUAGCAACAUGAUUUAUCUUCACUUAUUACAUUUAAUUUCUUGAAUGAAGGCUUUUUCUCAGUUUUUCGUUCAUUGAUAAUUCUUUCAACUUACAACAGCAUAGGAAUGAAAUUUGCAUCUGUAAAUUUAACUUCAUGCCUGCCGAACACCAGAUGUGAUUUAUUGUUGCCUAAUAAACGAUUUAACCAACCCA